AUGUACACCUCCGUAACUCCCUCCUCAUCCUUCUCUUCCACAUCAUUAUCAGCUCAUCAUCCAAAACAGGCUUCCUCUUCUUCUUCUGGUCUUGAAAUUUGUUGUGUCGGUGGUUCGUGUUUUUCUCUCCUCAUGCAAAAUCAGCCUUCUCUUCAUCAUCAUCAUCCCCAACAACAACAACCACAUGACUGUAACGAUGAAUGCGAGUCAUCUUCUUCAUCAACACGUACCUUCCCCAACUCGUGUUCUUCUUCCUUGAACGAGGCAAAGUGUACGGGUUGUGGUGGUCAUUGUGGUAUGAGUGGUUCUAGUUGUUGUUGUGGAAGGGAUGAUCAUCAUCAACCACACCUUUCAGAAUCUUCCCUUUUCCAUAAUAACCACAAGUGUCAGAGUUGCCACACUUGCAAUCCUGAGGAACAACACCAUCCUCAAAUCCAACCUCAUCAUCAAAACUCCUCCUUAUUUAUUGUGUCAUCUUCCUCCUCAAAGUCUCCCAUUCAUCACUCCUGUUCCAUCUCCUGCCAAUGUUUAAAUUGUAAAGGGUCAUCACCAUCGUCACCGUCCAUCCAUGCAUCCAUCUCAGCUUCAACUGUUGUUGUACAAGAGAGUCAUCAUUAUCAUCACGCUCAACAUGGCCAAUCUGAGGCAAAUGGUGGUUCCGAAAGAAAUGACCAACUCACUCCUAACCUUAUUAAUUUAUUGACGUUGUCCAACAGUACCACAUCAACAACAACAACCGUUGCCUCUUCAUGCAGCUGUUCUGACAAGAAAUGUGCUGAUGCAACCAUAACAACAACCACAGAAAAACCUUACAUGACAGAAGUUUUGCCUCCCCGAGUAGUUCCAAAUACUUCCUUAGAUACAAACACUGCCAAUUAUUUCAAAAUUGUUUUCGGAACAAGGCUUAAAAAAGCUGAAAGUAAUGAAUCCACUCAUAGUGCUACCGCUGUUUCCAAAUCAAAAUGUGGAGGUUCAUGCGGUUGCUCCUCCGAUGCUAAAGGUAUUGACGCUCAAUCGGAUCCCAUUGAGUGUUCGUGCAACCCAGAACAACCAUGUCCCAUUCGAGAUAGCAUUUUGCUCAAACAAGAAAAGAGUGGAUGUGGUGGAAAUUGUGGUGGAUGUAAUUACUCUUUAGGGCAAAGCGCCAGAGCAGCAGCUGUAGUGUCAAUAGCCUCAAAUUUACCAAGUAGAUCAGCGCAAGGAAAAUGUGAAGGAAGUGUCAAAAUUCAAAAACAAUCUGUCAUGCAAAGCAAGCUGAAGAAACAUUUGACCAGAAUACGAGCAUCUACCAAUACUGGUUCAGAUUCCUCACUCCCUCCUCAAUGUUUAUAG